AUGAAUGGGGGCUACUCUGGGAAGAAGGUAGAGCUGGCAGAGGCUGCAAGUAAGAUGGGGCUGGAUGUUUUAGCUGUUAGUGACAUUCGGGUAAGGGGUGAGAAAGAAGAGGAAGUGGGAGAAUACAAGGUCUACCUGUCAGGAGUCAAAGCAGGAAUACCACAAUGGGGUGUAGGGCUUUACAUCAGGAAAGAAAUGGAACCCAGCGUAGUUGCAAUAAGAGCCACCCUGGAGACCUUGUUUGUCCAUGCAGGCUCCACCACGUAUGGUCCCGAAACUGGUGUGCUGGUGGGUGUGAACGCAACCAUCUUUCACGAGAACUUUGAUGAAUGGUCCUACUGGAACGACAUCUGCCUGCUCAAGCUGACGCAGCCGCUGACCUUCUCGUCGACCAUACAGCCGGUCUCUCUGCCGGCGCCCGGACAGCAGACAGCCGCCGGGACGAUAGCAACCGUGGUCGGCUGGGGAGCCGUCGAUUAUACCUCGGUCGUCGUCAGUGACCUGCAUAAAGUUGACGUCCCCGUGUGGUCAGACGAGGACUGCCAGGCGACCUACGACUACUAUGUCUACCUUGUGAGGGAGAACAACAUCUGUGCUGGAGAAGAGGGCAAAGGAAAGUGUGGGCUGGAUUCAGGAGAUCCUCUAUUGGUGAACGGGCAGCUGGUGGGAAUCGCCUCCUGGGAUGGUUACGAGUGUGCCACUGCAGACUCACCGGGAGUCUAUACUGAAGUUUCCUACUUCGUCGACUGGAUCAAUCAAAACGCAGUGUGA